UUGUGUUUGAAGGGAGAGAGAGAGGAGAAAGAAGAAGUUACUCCAAGAAAAUAAUGAGCUCAGACGUAUAAAGUCCUCACUCCGCAACACCUCAGCUGUUUGUCAACUCUGCCAUGGAUUCGUCCUCCCAGAAUUUACUCUGAGGGCCCAGCGAGGACGCAAAGCAGAGAGAAGCAGCGGCGGCGGACGGACGGACGGACGGACGGAGGAGGGAGAAAAGCAGUAAAACCUCGGCUGGAGUGAGGAGAAGCCAGUUUGUGUGGGUGAAGCAGAGGAGCAGCAGAGGCAGCGAGCGAAGGUGGGGGAGUGGAGGAGUGAGGCGCCCCGCUCUUCCAAAGUGAAGUAAAGAGGGGCAAGCAGGGGGAAAAGAAGAAGAAGAAGAAGUAGAAGAAGAAGAGGAGUGAUAAAGACAUGGGGCUCUGUGCUGUUCUGAUCAUCUGCCUCUCCCAGGCUGAGCUGGGCAGAGUCUGGGCUCAGGAGCGUCAAGAUGCUCGGACCGACCUGCGGACAGACGGAGACCCGUCCGGUUUCCACAGAACCAGGAGAGACCAGCAGAUCCCACAAGAACACAGAGAAGCUCGCGACACACAGGCCGAAGGAGGAGGAGGAGGAGGAGUCGACAUCAGCACCCUGCCGGACAACAUGACUCGUAUCGUGGAGGACUCCCAGAGGUACUACAGAUGGCAGAGCUUUGGUCCAACAGACAGACGGACUGAAGACUUGUGGGUGGAUCUGAACAACCUGCACAAGAGCCAAGUCCGAAUCCACGGCAUCCUGUCCAACACGCACCGACAGGCAGCGAGGGUGGCGCUGUCCUUUGACUUCCCAUUCUACGGACACUACCUGAGACAAAUUAUUGUGGCAACUGGAGCCUUACUGUAA